CUUCUGACAAGCUCCCAAAAGAACACGAAUCACCAUCGGUGAUUGUGGGAGCCGCAUUUCCUUGAUAUGCCCGUUUGAAGCCUCGUGCUGCCCUUCCUUCCUAACCUUCCCAAACAUGCCUUCUUGAAUUCGCGUUCUGAACCUGGGAGCUUCUCGUGAAAAUUUCGAGGCAUACCACAACGGACCGAAAGCAAGAAACCACUUUCUCAUCACCUUUUUCAUUCCCACCCGCGCCAGCACAAUGUCGUCGGAAAUCAUGGACGCCUACUGGGCGGCGCCGCCAAUGGCCCGAACAUUAGCAACCGCCAUCUUGAUCACGUCGGUUUCCGUGUACUUCGGCUUGCUGUCUACCUCGUGGAUAUACUUCACGGAAGACAGGCUCUUCCGGCUGCCGCCUGAGAUUUGGCGCUUGGCCACGAGCUUCUUGUUGAGCGGUCCACAACUCGGCAUCCUCUUGGACCCAUACUUCGCCUACCAGUACCUGAAGCAAUUGGAGACGCAGAACCCCAAGUUUCCGAGGAAGGAGGACGUCCUCUGGUACUUGAUGACGGUCGGCGGCUUCAUCAUUCUCAUUAACCGUACUGUCCUAAACGGCGUCUUUUACCUGCCUGGACUCAUCAUGGCGUUGACCUACACGGCCACACAGGACGCGCGCGGCGUGAAGACCAGUUUUUUCUUCUUCACCGUGCCGGCGCAGACAGUCCCGUACUGCAUGCUCGUAGCAUCGCUACUCAUGAGCCCCGGUGUAAUCCCUCUGCAGAUCAGCGGUAUAGUAUCAGCCCAUCUGCACGACUUCCUGACACGGCUAUGGCCCGAGUUUGGAGGCGGCUGGAACUUGCUGCCAACACCUAGUUUGAUUUCGCGGCUUGUCCAGACUCCCAGGGUUUUCCAGCGCGAGUACGGCACCGCUAUCCGCCCGCCGAGUGCCCAGGCAUCGGGCAGCACUACGGGAGCGGCGACGGGCUCGGUACUCCCCGACUCGUGGAAAACAAGAGGCACCGGGCGUCGUCUGGGCGGCGACUGAUGGACGGCCGGGAAAAUGGUCCAUGUAUAACAUAAGGUACUUUAAAUGUAAUGUUAGCUGGAGUUUCCAGCACAGUUGAUCUG